GAGUUAUGACAUUUUUGGCAUUUAUUUGACAUCAAAAAUAUGAAUCAAAAGAAUAAAAAUCAGUCUUUGGACAUCCUUUUACAGGAUAGCAUUAAGGUGCAAUCUAUUAAUUUAACAAAAAAAGUCUUCCGUUGUCGCAGUUCUGAAAACAGUGUAGUAAUCAACAAUGUGUCUUCAAAGCCGGUUAAAACUACGAAAAGUGUUCAAAAAACAGCACGAAAACUAGCUAAAUAUCCGAUAAGUAAUAUUCCAUUGGGUUUAGAAGAGAAAGAAUCCAGAUUCAGGCAAGAUAACAUUAAGAAAAAGUCUUCAACAUUGGAGAUUCUCGAAAAACUGAAACAGAUAGAUGUGCAGACACAAAACACUGAUGUUUUGGAGCAAACUAAUGAUGAGAUAAAAAUCGCGCAUAAACAGCUUCAGGAACUUCAGAAACUUAUUGCUAGAAAAUUAGAGGAACAAAAAUCGGAAACUGACGAAGAUGUUAAAAAAGAGAUCAAACAUAGACAACAUUCAGUAAUAAACAACGACAGCAGACAGUUAAAUAGACUGCAAAAGAAGUAUUUGAAUAAGACAAGAAUUCGUUAUAAAACUUUACAAGAUGUGGAAAAUUUAACUUUAGCCUACGUUGAUAAGCGAAAGAAAAAUGAAAUAGACAAACAGGAAAAGCAAAAUGAAGUGAAGGUAUUGUAUUCCAAUACAAAUAAUGAAAAAACACACGGUUUUCAACCCUCGAUUAAGAAAAAAACUCUAUCUCUAGAAAAAAAGAAACCACGAUUAGAAGAACGUCAAAAUGUAUACAAAAGAAAAGUUGAAGAUUUUCGGUCAGCAUUGGUUAACAAAUCCCAAGAUAGAUUAAAACCUCUUUUAAGGCGUGAUCAUUUUCGACAAGAUCUAAGAUUCAAAAGUGCCACUGAAAAAGAAAUUAAUAAAAUAAGAUACUUGUUGAAGUCUGAACAUGGUUUUGAUACUAAAGUUGGAAGUACCACUAGUGAAGUUGUAGAGAUGGACAAUAACGAAAAACAGUUGAAAUCCGUACUGAAAAGUUUUUCAUAUUCAGCAGAUUAUAAAAAAAACACAGUAGGCAGAAAAUAUCCUAAAUAUGUAAAACCUGAGUGUGUUAGGUUACACAGUAAACUUCGCAAAGCACGAUUUCAGGAUCCUCGGUUAGAAGAUUCUAUUUUAAAUUGCGAUAACUUUUCUUCGUCAGCAGACUCAUAUAAUUUUGAUUUGCCAGAUGAAUCUAGUGAAAACAUAACGGCUAUUUCAAGCAAUGUAAAUAAUAAUCUAAUUACUUUGCCGAAAACUGUGCAGAACGGAUGUUCACAAGCUGAUAAUUUUAGUUUUGGACAAAGACAUAAUAGAAACCUGAAUAGAUCAAAAUUGGAUGGAUCUACAUCAACAGUGGAUAGUGUAUCAAUGAAAAAGAGAGAAAAAACUUAUAUGGAUGGCAAAAGAAAAUUAAAUUUGCUACUCUACGGAAGGGACAAAUUACCUGAAGAAUUUGAUGAUACCGAUCUGGCGGAUUCGAAACGCAGUUUCUAGUAUGAACAGAGGACAAGCAGAAGACGGGAAAAGUAUGCAGUUGUUAGAAAGUGUGGUACACAAGUUUCGAAACAAACUAGAACCUACCCAGUUAGUAAAGUUAAGAGGACGUGAUCAGAAAUUGUAUACAACAUUAAAUAGCGCCUUGAUAGAUACCCUAUAUACAGAAAUUCAAAAAUAAAUCCUUAUGUAACUGUCACAAUUGGAAAUAAAUUAUUUGUAGAUAAACCAGGGUAAAAAUCUGUUCGGUAGUUAUCUUAUAUAAUACAUACCUUGAGCUUCCGGUCGGUUAUCGAGUCACGAAACCCUGACGAGUUGUUUAGCCAAGAAUUAAAUGCGUUCUAGACAAGUAAAUUAUCUUUUAAUCCUUUAUGUUUUCAUGGAUCUCGGGUUCAAGGUAACUCCGAUAGAGUCAAUUAAAGAAAUGAAAGAGUUUAAAAAGUUCCAUUAUCUUGGACUCGACCCGCUUGAAGGUGGAGAACGGAACGAACGUUGAAUUGAAACAAUGGACUAUUAUAUUGAAAUUCCUCUUUUAAACGAUCUAUCACCCUGUACAAACAGCAAUAACUUCAACGAGGACAACAGAAUGAAUCGAGGAAUAAAACGAAGGUAGAUCAGGAAGAAGGUUAGAUUAAUGCUGUCUUUAUCCCGAUUCAUAUUUAAUCGAUAAAGGUUCC